GAUUGCUGUGGCUUGCUAUUUAUUCUUGUAAUGAAGCGGGUGUAGACCAUCAUCAUGCCGCCUCGAAUACCCGUUGCGCAAUGCCUGCGGGCUUCUAGCAUAACGCCCUCGCCCGUUCCCUUUGUGUCCAUCACGCGUUCGUUCUCGGCGACUCCCAGCUCGUCCGCCUCGACCGCCAAGCAACGAAGGAGGCACCGCGAUCCCUAUGCCAUUGCGCAGGCGAAAGCGAAAAAGGCCGCCAACCUGAGCAGGCAGGAGGUGCUGACGAAAGAACGAGUGGGCAGUCUGGGCGAUCCCGUUCGAGGUGUUACAACGGCAUUCGUACAGUCUUUUGACACUGCUUUGCCCCCCGAGUCUGGAGCAUCUACGCCCUCAUUGCAGACGGGAACUGACCCGGCAGUGAAGGCGGAAACGGACAACCAUCUCAAUUUCUACCUGACCAAGGAAGAGCUGGCGCGAGGUAUAGGGAGGAGCCAGUGGCUGAGUAGUCCAUCGAUUCAGGAUGAGCCUGACGAGUCUGAGAGCCGUAGUGAGCAGGAUGGCGGCCAAAAUCGUCCUCGCGGAGACAGCGCCGAUAUAAUGGAAGCGAUGUUUGCCGACGAGUCUAGAGGUUCUGGCACGAGGAGCUCAGACUGGACGCGUUCAAUGUCUGCUUUGGCGGACUUGACAACGGAUGUCACGCCGGAAGCACGCCAGAAGAGACUAGAAGAGGAGAGUACCACCGCGGAAGAAGCAUUGCGACGUAUCUCCAGCUUAUCAUUGGGGAGCAGCAAGGACAGGUUGAGAGUGAACAAGCAGAGAUGCAUAGAGGUCUUUGGGCGGCACAACACGGAGCAGACACUAUCCCCAAGGCUCGCUUCAGCAGCGACGACGGGCGGCGAGCAACAAAAAGUGGAACGCGUGGGAGCAGAUACCGGUAGUAGUGAAGUGCAGAUCGCCAUUCUGACUGCCAAGAUCCGAGCCGUGGCCGACUUCUUGGAAACGAGAGGCACCAUGGACAAGCACAACAAGAGAAAUUUGAGGCUGCUGGUGCACAGAAGAGCGAAACUGUUGAAAUAUCUGAGGAGAAAGGAAAGAGGCGGUCCACGAUGGCAGAACCUGGUGGAGAAGCUGGGUUUGUCUGAUGGAACAUGGAAGGGCGAGAUCACGUUGUAAAGGAGCGGGCAUUUGCACAUCACGGUGCUCCUGACCACUUAUAUAUGUACAGAUACCAAAUCCCGCUAUGCACAGCAAGGCGGAGACUUCGCCGUCAACGUGCACUUUGUUUUUGUCUAAGUGGCACCGUAACGACAGCAAAGAGGCCUCCAAUAGUGUUGAAGCCGUUCAUCAUCCAAGCAAACGUUCACACAUCUGCCAUGACAGACAAUAAUACUGGCUGAGAGCAAGACGCGAUUCGCUUCGAAGAACGGCAGUGCAACUGUGCGCAUCGCUACAAUCCUGAUCAAGCUCACGAGAGGACAACAGCGUCCAUCGAAUUGUGAGGUUUGUUGAAAGUUAAGCUAUCUGUCGAAAU